CCAAACCAACCAACCACACAUUCCCGGUCCGUCAUCACCCAUCAACUUCAACUACCACCAGCUUCACAACCAAACGACAAACCGAACCCUCUAAAGAGAAAAACAAAAAAGUAAAAAGAAAAGAAAACAAAAGCAUGCUCCUCCCCCGCCGCAAGCUCAAACGCCUCCUAAUAACCAUGCUCCUCCCAAUGCUCCUAACCCUCUUCCUCCUUACCCCCUUCUAUCUCCUCUACAAACCACCUACACUCCUAAUCCGCUACUUCCAACACCGCUGGCCCGACACCCUCUGGCACGUCCCCUUACCCACCUCCCAAAAACUCCUCGCCCUAACCCUCGACGACGCGCCCUCAACCCACACGCCCGAGAUCCGCUCCCUCCUCGCCGCAAACAGCGCAAAGGCCACCUUCUUCCUCAUCGGGUCGCAGAUCCCCGGCCGCGAAGGCGAACUGCACGAGCUCGUCCGAGCGGGCCAUGAGCUGGCGAACCAUGCGAUGCGGGAUGAGCCGAGUCGGAGUCUCAGCGAUGGCGAGCUGGAGGCGCAGGUUGGGGCCGUGCAGGAUCGGAUUCGGGCAGCGUACUCGGCGGUUGGGGUGCGGGAACCGGUGGAGAGGUGGUUUCGGCCGGGGUCUGGGUUCUUCAGUGAGCGGAUGAGGGGAUUGCUGGGACGUUUGGGGUAUCGGAUUGUGUUGGGGAGUGUGUAUCCGCAUGAUGCGCAGGUGGGGUGGUGGUGGGUGAAUGCGAGGCAUAUUUUGAGUAUGGUUCGGCCGGGGAGCAUUGUUAUCUGUCAUGAUCGGCGGGAAUGGACGGUGCCUAUGUUGAGGUAUGUGUUGCCGGAGUUGAGGAGGAGGGGAUAUGAGAUCGUGACUGUUUCGGAGUUGGUGAGGGCUGGGAAUGCUCUUUCUCAGCCCGGAGGGGGGGGAGGACUUGAUUUGAUUUCUAUUUGAGGGUUCAAUUUUGAAGCGUUUAUGUUUGGGUAUAUAUAUUCCCCCGCCCCCCUUCUUUCUCUUUCUCUUGUUUGUUGUACAUAUAUCUAUUUAGA